GCAGUGCAGGCAGCUAACAGGCAGGGCUGCUCCAGUAACCCUAAGAGCUAUUUUAAAGAAGAUAGAAGACUUCAAGGGCUGCAGCAGAGGCACUCUAGUGCUAAGUAUCAUUCUGAUAUCUCCUGCUGCAGCUCCAUCACCUCCCCCAGCGGCGCUGAAUACUCCUGUGUCCCUGGUUGCGGGUACUUACAGCGGAGGCUCCGGUUCUUCACCCAGGGCACACACACUAACCGAAGUUCUCCGGGAUCGCGUGGCUGCACUCAGGGUGGAGAUCUUACCACAGCGUUCCACAAGGUUCAUGGGUAAUUUCACUAUUGACGAUGCAUUUGAGAUGUCUGUUGAAGACACAGGACCCAGGUUUGGGGCAUUACACUUUGGUGGGGACAACGAGGCUCAGCAGAAUCGACACAAAUACAAGAACUUGGAGAAUGAUGAAGAAGCAGAACAUGUGAAAAUUAAAGAUUUAGAAAGUGGUCUUCCAACCCUUUCUUCUCGUAGCUCGCAGUGCUCCUUCAGCACCAUAAGUAACAGUACCCAGCUAUCCAAUCAGCAGUGCUUCAGCUGGAUUAGACAUCCUCUUGUACAGAAAAAUAAGAAAGUUGUUCUGUCGUCUUUUCUGCUGCUGCUUUUAGGCUUGGUGUUCGUGUUUGUUGGUGUGGGGCUACAAGUCAGCCCAUCACCAGCUGUUUCCAGUGCCAUCUUCUUUGUACCUGGACUUCUUUUGCUGAUUCCAGGGGUGUAUCAUGUAAUAUUUAUAUAUUGUGCUGUGAAAGGAAAACAUGGUUUCCAGUUCUUCUACCUCCCAUAUUUUGACAAGUGACCCAACUACAGGAACUUCUGACUUUUUAACACACUGAAUAUUACAACACUAUGGAAACCACUAAAGGCUCAGACUGAGAUGGAAAUGGACCACUAUGGGGCAGUGCCUUGCUCUGUGAAUGUUGCCUCUCUCAGGAUCUUACCCUACAGUGACUUUUUUCACCUAUGUAGCCAAUAUUUCUGUGACCAAUGUUUUUAAGACAGUCACAGGAUUUUGCCUUUUUAAUUUAAUUACCUAUUUUAUAUUGUAACUGUUUAAUACAUUGAUAACUAAACGGAAACAUUUUACAACAAAAAAAAAUUGUAUGCACUUUAAUUGUUGUACACAAACCAAAAUCAGUCACUGUGGAAGAGGAAUGUGACCAGUUUACAGGAGUUUCCCAUCGCAACAGCAAACGUUAUCUAGAUGACAGCAUCAUGACAAACUCUGAAAAACACAGGAUAGAGCAUCAGCGGAGAGAUACUUUUAGAAACCUUUAAAAGCAAGGUCAAAACAAUUUCUCAACAGUAUUGAAAAAAUUAAACCAGUGCAUUGUUUAGUUUGUUUACCACAGUUCACCUAGAAUAUUGGCAAUGGCAUUAUAAAUAUGGUUUUGGUGAAUAAUUACUUUUGCUUUCCAAAUUUGGUAAUCACAGGAUAUUCAGUACCGCGGCAUCUGCUUAUAGAGCGGACAAGGUGAAAGCAAAACUAAUGAGGACAUCCUGUGCGGAUAUGGGUCAUUGGGUCGACACACAUUGGGUCGACCACUAAAGGUCGACAGGUCAAAAGGUCGACAUGGGGGGUUUUUGCCUAUUUUUGGUGUCGUUCUCUUCGUAGCGUGACGGGGAACCCCAAUUAGUGCACCGCUUUUGCUCGCCAUACUUUGGGCAAGGUGCCUCGCUGCUCUCGGCACAGAUUACCAUUCCCAUAAGUAGUCCACGUCGAUCGUAAAGUAUGAUAAAGGUCAAAAAUUGGGAGAGAAAAAACGUGAAAAACUCAUGUCGACCUAACGAACCUGUCGACCUAGUGCAUGUCGACCUUCAGUGGUCGACCCAAUGCAUGACGACCUAACGACUGCAACCCUCCGUUCACAUUUCUUCACACAACUGUAAUUCUGGAUUUCAGUAACAAUACCGGUUUCUAGGCACGUUGCUUUCAAUAGGUAUGACUUAUUUUAGUGCACUUAAAAAGUGACGUGUCAUUACAUCUUGAAUUGCCUGUCUGUCUUUCUUACCUAAUAUCAUUAACACUGUUAAGCACCACCCCUGUACAGGCCACGUGUCACAUAUAUACAGACAACCAAAUUACCCUGCUGAAUAAAGAAGAGUCUCUUGCCGGCGUGCCAAGUCUUUAAA